AUGAAAUUAAUUUUUGUAUUGUUUUCCUUUUCAAAUAUUAUUUUAACAACUAAAAGUGGAGGAAAUGACUUUUUACGAAAUAAUAUUAACAAUUCAAAUUAUGAUAAUGAAAGAACUUUUGAAGACCAUUCUUGGCCAUCACAACAAAAUUUUUUGAUAAAUCCGGGACUGAUUGGACGUAAUAAUUUUCAAAGAAAUAUGCCUUGGCUACAGUCAAAUAUUAAUAAUUCAGUGGAAAAUGUUCGGCAAAAUUCAAUUAUAACGCCUGGGAGCUCACUCACUGACCUGACUCAUUCACUACCUGUUGUGAGAGAGCCCAACCCACAUCAGUUAGGGAUGUGCCCCCCUCCGUGGGGCACUCAAAUACUUGGAAGGUGCCCCCCUCUUUCCUCUGGGGAAGGUUCAUCAUCUUCCCGUUUAAUUCCAAAUCGUGUUCCUGAACCUCCAAAACCUCGCAAUAAUUUAACACAACAUGAUCCAUUAAAAAUGUAUGUGAAAUAUAAAAGAUGGAUUUUGAAACUUCACAGACUCGAUGCAGAAAAUUACAAGGUUAUCGAAGAUAAUGGAUAUUUUAUUUAUUGUCUCAAGUGUGAAACCAAAGUAAAAAUAAAUUUUAAUUAA